AAAGAGAUUUAUAAAUACACCAGAUGAAUUUGAAAAUCGAUAAGCUUCAUAUAUUCGAUAAAUAUUUAAAAACAGCUGACUUCAACGCGGUUCUGUUUUGUUUUGGUUUCUCAUUUGCUUGAUCCGCAUUAUCAGCAGGAACCAUGUCAGCCGACUACUCGCAUCUGAGCUCCGCCAUCCUGGAGCAGUGCUUCGGCAAGGUGGUGCAGGCGGUGGCCGACUGUCUCUUUUCGGCCACCACGAGGACAUUGGGACAGAUCACCAGUGCUACCAAGUUCUCGAGGAAGGAAGUGGCAUUCGCUCUGGCGGUGCUGGUCAAGUUCAGACUGGUGGACUUUGCCGCCUCCAAGCAAAACCCCUUCCUGGCGGAGUACGCCCUCCGGCGCGAGGACGUUCUCUGCCUCCUAAGGUAUCCACGCUACGUUCACCUGGUACAAACCAAGUACGGAAAUGUGGGUGCUUCCAUUGCGGAGGAGUUGAUUAAUUCUGGAUCGGAUACGGCCACUGGAAUUCUCGUGAAAUGCUUAGCCGAGAAUGAAAACAAAACAGAAAGUCCGGAGUCCUAUCGCAACACCUUUCUUCAAAUGAUCACCGAUCACUAUAUCAUCAAAAGACCAGAACUUCUGGUGGGCGACGACCAGGAUGAGAAUCUGCCGAAAUUCGAGACCAAUGAAUGCGAUUUCUUUAGGCAUCCCAAUAUUGAUCUUCAGUUGUUGGCCAAGAUACAAAAAGAAGAAGCCACUCUGGCGGAGGCCAGGGAUUUUCACAUGGUGUGGAACCUGAACUACGAUCGUUUCCAUCAAGACUUUCGGGACACCAUCAUGGUGGAUGCAAUUGAGCGAAAACUGGGUGAAAAUGCUGCAGAGUGCUUCAGAUUCAUAUUGAAGAUUAUGUACAAUACAACUGAUCCAUGGGAAAGAAAACUCUCCAAUCAGAUAACUUUCGUGGAAAUUAAGCAGGCUAUAGAAAGAAAAUCGAAUAACCUGGAUCUCAUGAAGUACCUGGACCAGUACAUAAGCCUAUUGACUGAAGACUCACUGGGUUUCUUCCGAAGAGUGGGGGACAUGGGUGGUGGUGUGUACGUGGUGGAUAUGGAACAUGCCUUUGAGUCGCUUGCCUUUGCUUGUGCGGAGUGUGUCAUCACGGAACGAUUUGGCUCAAAGGCAGCCCGGAUAUUUCGAGUGAUUCGAAGCAAGAAAUACAUAGAACAGGAGGACUUGCAAAAAGAGGCCAUGAUCCCGUCAAAAGAAGCCAAGUCGCUGGCGUAUAAUUUGUUCCAGGAGCAGUUUAUUCAUGUCAAGAUUAUUAAAAAGCCUGGCGGAGGCAGUAAUGGCCCCGCUAAAGCAUUUUACCUCUUUCAGGUUAAGGAAAAAGACACCGUGAGAAUGCUGCUUGAUGCCAGCUACAAGUCCCUUUAUAACACAAUAGAGCGAUCAAACUUUGAAAAAAAUGAGCACAAGGGCCUAAUUGAAAAGUCACAAAGGUUGGACAGUAUAGUAGAGGCCAUGAAGGAACGUGGAGAGACUGACGAAUAUAUAGCGGAGAUUGUCGAGACUUUCACGCCACCGGAGUGCGAGAUCCUUAAUAAGGUGAAAAAUCGCAUUAAGACCUUGUCAAAAGCUGAACUGACCCUAGACGACACAAUCUUCCUUCUGCAAAUGUAUCAGCAUCAUUGCACUACGCUGCCAACGGGUAUUCGUAAAUUUAAAUAAAAAAUAUUCUUAGGGGAA